UUCGUAAACAAACAGUCUGUUCGCCGAUAUGGGUGGUCGCGAUCUAAACAGAAAACCAGGGAACGUCGUUAUUACUUAUCAUUUUCGCUUGGUUAUCUCAUGAGUCAGCAUGGCCUCGUUGUGCUCCGCCUUGCAAAUGAAACGAGAGCGCUCUCAGUACGGCGAGGACGAGACCCAAACGGCCAAAGCUCUGGCAAUGCUGGCGCGUUCGGUGCGGGUAUCGGAGAGUGAAACUCCAGCAAAACCUCCAUUCUCCUACAUCGCGCUCAUUGCGAUGGCCAUACGUCAAGCACCCGAGAGAAAAAUCACACUCAACGGUAUUUACCAAUUCAUCAUGGACAACUUUCCGUACUAUCGAGAGAACAAGCAAGGCUGGCAGAACUCGAUCAGACACAACCUCUCCCUCAACGACUGCUUCUGCAAAGUUCCGCGAGGAAAAGGCGAUCCGGGGAAAGGAAACUACUGGGCACUGGCCGACAACUGCGACGACAUGUUCGAGAACGGCAAUUACCGGCGGAGACGGAGGAGGAACAAGAAGAAAGCGAGCUGCGCGCCGGAGAAUGCGGGAGAUCCGCAGAAGAGAGAAGUUCCGCAUCAACAUCAUCGACAGCAACUCCAGCGAGGUCAUGAGCAUUGGCACUCGCACCUUGUCGAGCCUUAUCGACGGAUAGCACCCGCACACGUGCAUGGGCUGAACCGUGGCUUCCACUUAGAAGCACUCCUAACACCACCAGGCACGCCCCCGAGUCCAGUCAGUCAGGCGUCGAGUCUGUCGCUGUCUGCGGACUUGGACAAGCGGACACCGAGCCCGUUCGCCGUCGAGAAGUCGCCACAAGCGAAAACAAUUAGACACUUCACGAUUGACAACAUUCUCGGCAGCGACGGCGCGAACGUAAACACGCGCUUCACGUCGGCCACACUUCCACGCGCGGAUGUUGUCCUACGGGGCGUGACCGCGUUCUGUUUGCCUCGCUCGCACAGCGGGCAAUUUGUGUGGCCUUACUGGCCGUAUUCGAGGAUGACGGGAGGAUUUACGUCGUCGGAGUUAUAGUGCACUAGGUGACGAACAGUGUUGAACAUGCGCAGUUUGCUGGACAUUCUAUGUACUUCCUUUUUUCGAGACGACUAGAGAAACAUUGAUCUGUAGAUACUGACGUUGGUGAAAUAUUGGUAUUUUUGUUAGAUAUGAAACUAAGUAUGAUUCAAGUCUAGAAUAAUAAUAGAACAUCUACAUUGUA